AUGAACGUCUCUGACAAGUACAUCGCGCGAAUGCAACAGCACGAUGAGGUCGUCGCGAAUAUGCCGGACACGUUCGCACACACAACAUGCACCGUUCGGAUGCCGCAAGUGUUGCGCGACUGCGUGUCCAACAAUGGCGACCGUCUCUCCUCUGAAGCGGUCAAGCGACUGUUGCUGCUGGCCGACGACAUGGUGAAAAACGCAGAGAUCCCGCUGCCCUCGACCUUCCCCGAACAAGCUGCCAAGUCGCUUACUAGCAAACACUGGGAGAGCUUGCUGGCCGGCAACAGCUAUACAUGGCAAAACUCGCCAUGGUUCCUGGUGGAGCAAUACAUGUUCCACUUGGUUCUCCUGAUGACGGACUACUACACGACACGGUUCGACCCAUUCUACUACUCGAAAGUGGCGGAGUUAAAAGGAGACACACCGUGGUCUCUGCUCCAGACGGCAGUGGAGAUUUCCACACAAGAAGAAUCCGGUUCGCAGAGCCAUCGCGAUCAGCUCAAACGCUUCAUGAUGCUCUCUCUAUGGGGCAACAAAGCCGACGGCACUAACGAAAAGGUGAAAUCAACCAUGCACGUUGCUGGAGACUCGUUGGUCUUUGAUGACUAUUUGGUGCUCGUGGAUCACAGUGACCAAGUGAUCUCGUUCUUGGAGCAGAACGCGCGCGAUAGCGGGGGUGCAAAAAAUCUAGGUGUCGAGUUUAUCAGCGAUAACGUCGGCACUGAACUACUGCUGGACUUGGCCAUGGCGGAUCACAUGCUGACACACAAUUGGUGCGGCAAGGUGACGUUCAAUGUGAAAGCGGAGCCCAUCUACGUGUCGGAUGUGAUCCCUGCCGACGUAAAUGAACAUGUCUGGGAAAUGCAGCGAGAGACACGCACUCCGAAGGUGCAGGCUCUGGGCAAGCGCUUGGCCGAGUACGUCAGCAAGGGGCAGAUCGUCAUCCGCCCGGACACCUACUGGAACCAGUAUACAUUCUACUGGGAGAUGCCUGUCGAGCUGCACGCUCGUCUCGCUCGAGAGGCGACACUCGUCAUCCUCAAGGGUGACCUGAAUUAUCGCCGACUAUUGAGCGAUCGCCUCUGGCCUCCAUCUACCCCCUUGGAGGAAGUGGUGCCCUAUUUCCCCACGGCGUUCGUAGCAUUCCGCAUCUUAAAGUCGACUCCAGUGAUGGGAAUCCCUGGCAACGUCGUGGACAAUUUGGAGAAGGAGGAACCCUUGUGGAGGCUAAAUGGCGAACACGGUACGAUCCAAAGCGUGCUGAAAACUAGUUCUGUGUCCAAGUAAGGCAUCAACAUGGCAUCUAAAAGUUCUAAAAACCCAGCAAAGUGUGUGCUAUGCUUUUUAAUCAGCAGCACUUCUAUUUUUAGUUUUUAGAAUUAAUA